UCGAGUCAGUACUCGGGUGAGAUCGCUUUGAGACCAAUACACUUCUCCAGCGUCAUAUCUCAAAUUGACCCUCGGUGACUUUAAGGAUACUGUUGUGCCUGUGUGAUGAUUUUAUAAAACUUCCGGAAAUUAAAAGUUUCGUCGAAACAGGGUUUUAAGUGUCUACUGGGAUAUAUUCGCUGAAAGGCAAGAAAGAAUUAGAAAAGUUAUCAAUAUUUCCCGUGCUUUCAUAUUUUCUCACAAUUCUUCACACUACGGGACAUCUUUAUUACACUUUUCCAUUUUGGCGAUUCCCAAAAUAUGUUGAAAGCUAUUUCUCAACACGGAGUACUAAUUUAGUCCCGAAGUGUUGUUAACAAAUGAAGUGAACGAAGGCAGGCGACAACUUAGAAGAUUGAGUACUCUUCAAUGAAGGAGGAAAUAUCCCAGAUUGCAUCUGUUCGCAACUGGAUGCAGCCGACAAUGGUGGAACAAGGAGCAGGAAGUGUUGGGGUCGGAAUCACACGGGCGCACUUUGAGAAGCAGCCGCCAAGCAACCUCCGGAAGAGCAACUUCUUCCACUUCGUUCUCGCCCUCUAUGAUCGCCAGGGGCAACCAAUCGAGAUCGAGCGAACCGCUUUCAUUGACUUUGUGGAAAAGGACACUGAGUUAGAUGGCCAGAAAACCAAUAAUGGAAUUCACUACCGUCUUCAACUUUUAUAUGCCAACGGUGUGCGACAAGAACAAGAUUUGUACAUUCGCCUCAUUGAUUCCGUCUCCAAAAGUUCAAUCGUAUACGAGGGCCAGGACAAGAACCCAGAGAUGUGCAGAGUCCUCCUCACACACGAGGUCAUGUGCAGCCGAUGUUGUGACAAGAAGAGCUGCGGAAACAGGAACGAGACCCCAUCUGACCCCGUCAUCAUCGAUAGGUUUUUCCUGAAGUUCUUCAUGAAAUGUAAUCAAAACUGUUUGAAAAAUGCGGGCAACCCGAGAGAUAUGCGGAGGUUUCAGGUGUCCGUUACUACAACGGUGGCGGUGGACGGGCCUCUCCUGUCCGUGUCAGACAACAUGUUCGUCCACAACAACUCCAAACACGGGCGGCGGGCGAGGCGCCUAGAUCCCACUGAGGGAGAUUAUCUCGCUGAUCCCUAUCUAGGGACCCAUGGAAAGUACCUCAGGGGCCAGUUUUCCUUUUCGACCCCGUGCAUCAAGGCGAUCUGCCCGAGCGAGGGGUGGACUACGGGCGGCACCACCGUCAUCAUUAUAGGCGAUAACUUCUUCGACGGGCUUCAGAUCGUGUUCGGGACCAUGCUUGUUUGGAGCGAGCUGCUGACGUCACAUGCCAUAAAGGUACAGACACCACCACGUCAUAUCCCUGGCGUCGUUGAAGUGACGUUAUCAUACAAGUCAAAACAGUUCUGUAAGGGAGCGCCCGGUAGAUUCGUAUACACAUCACUGACUGAGCCCACCAUAGACUACGGCUUCCAGCGUCUUAUGAAGCUGAUCCCCAGGCAUCCGGGCGACCCAGAGCGACUUCCUAAGGAAAUCAUCCUGAAGCGCGCGGCGGACCUUGCGGAGGCGUUGUACAGUAUGCGGAACCCUAACCAACUGUCACUUCCGGCCCCGCGGUCACCGCCCAUGAACAACCCGGCCAUGACCGGCUUCAACACGUACUCCGGCCAGCUCGCCGUCAGCGUACAGGAGAACGGACAGUGGGAGGACGGUUACAACCGUGGUCAGAGCUCGAGCGUGUCUCCCCGGGGGUACGGAUCGACGGGCUCCACCCCUCACAGUAACGGUAGCGCCUACAGCUCCACAAUGAACGGUUACCAUAGCAGCGCUGGUGGCCUCGGAAAUAUGGGAAUGAGUGGACUUGUUGGGUCUCCGUUUUCCGCCAUGAAUCCGUUCGCCUUACAACCUUGUAACGCAACGCAACCUUAUGGAAGCUCAAUAGUGUCACCAACGAAAUGAUGAAGUGGCCUGAAUUGUCUUCCGUAAAUUAUAUUGUUGAAAUGUAACAAUACAGGCGAGACAAGAAAGAGGACAGCGGAUAAUGAUUUGAUCGCACGUACGCGUGUACAGUGAAUGAUAAAGUGUGAAAGAGUUUCUAUUCCUGGCAAAGGGUAUGCCAUGGUGAAGUGUUGGUCUUUCAAGGGAGAUAAUUGGAAGGCGAAACGAUAUUAACAUGAAUGAUGUUAUUAGAUAUAACGGCAACAGUUGUCCGGCCAUGUUGGGUAGAAAAUUGAUAUGACUUCUUCUGAAGCUUAAUCGGACAUGUCAUCUACAGAAUAUGUGCUAUCUUGCCGUUCAUACAUGCACUGUCUCCAGGGUCAGAAAUCAUGCGUUUUAAGUUUUGAAACGAAAUUAUUAUGAUUAUGACAUGGACGCUAAUGUUAGUGCUCGAUCAUUACUCGUCGCAUGGAAUACAGUGCUAUCCAUCUAGUCGUUUAUUGUUAUUGUAAUGAUGUUUUCAUAUAACUUUCUCAUGGUGAAUUCAAUGUUAAUAGGGAACAUAUUUUAAACGUGUUUAUAUACUAUAACUUCGAUAAACAUUAAUGCCAUUAAAAGGGGAAAUUACUUCAAACCAGUUUUCACUUUCAGUGGCGCAAGCUAAACAGAGUUUAAUGAACAGUUUAUGUUUUACUUUUGAAAUUAAACAUAUGUUUAUUGCAGUAUAUAUCCAGAAAUGGGUAGAUUUUCAUGUCAUUUUUCUCAGUCCGUUGAAGAUUUGCUAUGUUUUAUUACUAAUUAUAUGGAAUAAUUAUUGUUUUUUAUGUAUUUUGUUUAUUGUAUUUUAUUGAAAUAUUCAU